UAAGUUUACAUGAAUUGACGGCCCUAGUUUAAGGUGCGUGGUAAUUGUAAUAACUGCGCGUAACAAGGACUCUUUUUACAAAAUGUUAUAAUAUCAAAUCUGAAUCAAAAGUUUAAUUAACAAAAUGUUUUAAAUUCUCCUAUGAAUGAUUAAUUGAGUUUGAAAAUGAGCGUUCCUUCACCCAAUCUGACGAAAGAUCCUGGUCACUGGGGAAAGAAUGUCGGAGAUUAUGAAAGUGAGGAAUCACGACAGUCAGGAGAGGAGAUGGAUGAGCGGAGAAGGGAACAGAUUGCUUAUGAAUAUCUCUGUCAUCUUGAGGAAGCUAGAAUAUGGCUAGAAGGAUGUAUACAUGAAGAGGUGCCACCUACAACAGAAUUAGAACAAGGUCUCACAAAUGGUGUUAUUUUAGCAAAACUUGCACAUUUCUUUGCACCUAAUGUUGUCCCUCUUAGAAAAAUAUUUGAUAAAGACCUAACUAGAUACAAGGAGAGAGGUUUGCACUUCAGACAUACAGAUAAUAUUAUGUAUUUUAUACGAGCCAUGGAAAAGAUUAGUUUUCCACCGGUUUUUUACCCUGAAACAACAGAUAUUUAUGAUAUGAAGAAUAUGCCAAGAGCAAUAUACUGCAUUCAUGCACUUAGUUUAUAUUUAUACAAACUUGGUGUUGCGCCACAAAUUCAGGAUUUGUAUGGAAAAGCUACCUUUACAGCUGAAGAGAUUAAUGCCAUGAAACUUGCAUUGGAUAAAUAUGGAAUUCAGAUGCCCCAUUUUGGCAAAAUUGGUGGAAUCUUGGCUAAUGAGAUGUCUGAUAAUGACGCUGCACUACAUGCUGCAAUUAUUGCCAUAAAUGAAGCUCUUGAGACCAAUAAUCCUGCUGAAACAAUGAAAGCUCUCCAAAAUCCUGAUGCACGACUUUCUGACUUGACGAUAAGUCUAUCACCAGAUUAUCAUAGCAUAUUAUAUGAAUCUAAAAAACAAAAGUUGGCUCAAUAUGAAAUAAAAGAAAAACAAGAGACUGAUCUUGAUGUAUAUGAUCGCAACUUAACUCAAGCUGAAAUUCAAGGUCACGUCAAUAAAGUUAAUUUGAAAAAUUGUAUUGAAGAAAUAAACAGAGCUAUUGAUCAUCGUGACGAGAGGAUUUUAAUCAAUGUCUUAUUGUCAAAAAUUGCUAGUUUAAAUAACGUUAAGCUUGAAAAUAGUGCAUGGUAUUUGCAAAACCUUGGAGAUGAGAAAACAAACAAAGCUAAGAGAGAAGGACUUGAGUAUGUCAGUUUAGAACAUAAAGAAAUUCAAGGUGGAGUUAAUGGUGCUAACUAUCUUGCUGACCGUGUUAGAAAUAUGGAAGGAGCUGUAAUACAAAUCAAUAGGCUGUUAGACAAAGGAUCGCCUGAAGAAUUAAUGGUCUGGUUACAGCGUCCUGAAGGCUUAUUACCUGUUGUGGAUAAAUCUCGACCUAAUUUGUACAUGGACAACCUAAAAAAACUUAAGCACGAAAAGCAAUCAGAUUUAACUCAUGAUGACCUCACUGAAAGUUUAAAGCUUUUACUGGCAGUUUCUGCUGUCAAUCAAGCUAUUGACAUGAAUAACGAAAAUAAAUUAGUUUCAACUUUGGAGAAUCCUGAUGCACGACUUAAUGGUGUAGAUGAAUCUCUAGUUUCUAGAUACCUAUCACAUUUUGUUGCUGUUAAAAAGGAAAAGAGAGAUGAGGUUGGUGUUGAUCAUGAUGAUUUGAACCAUGUUGAAAUCCAAGCUCUUAUUGAGUAUGUUAAUACUGAAGUUCAAGAAGAAAAUGACUUAUUAGCUGCACUCUCAAAGAUAAAUGAAGCUAUCUCCAAUGCUAAUCCACAUAUUAUAUUGAAAGCUCUUGAACUGCCAACAGCCAAACUUACCAAUGUUCGUCCAAAAAAUGCAGAGUUAUACACUAUUAUUUUAAAACAAGCAAAGCUAGAAAAAAUUCAGCGUUCUGGUGAUCAAAAUUCAGAGCUUUGGCAUGAAGAAAUCCAGUUUUGCAUUGAUAAAGCAAAUGGCAUUGCUGACGACGCUGAACGAUUGGCCAAUGGAAUCAUCAAUGUGAACGAGGCAAUUGAUAAUGCUGAUAGUGCAGAUCUUUUACUUGCAUUAAAAUCAAAAAGUAUUGCACUUAGAAGUAUUACACCUGAAUGUACUGAACAAUAUCAUACAGAAUUGAAAUUUGCCAAAGGACAGAAAAAUGAUUCAUCUUGGGUUGGGUGGACUGAAACUAGAGUUCCACAAGGGUACACCUAUUACUUAAAUGUUUCAUCAAAAGAGUUUAGAUGGUCACUUCCUCCAAACUUUCAAUUUGGCAUUGGUUAUCUUAAUAAAGAUGAAAUACAGGAUAUUCUGAGUAAAAUUACUGCAAACCAUGACCAUGAAUUGUAUUUGCGUGCUAAUGAACCAUCAGCAGUAAAAAUUCAAGCUGCAUUUCGUGGAUACAAAGCUAAGAAAGAAUAUAGAGAAAGGAAAAAUUUUGUUCAAAAACAACUUCCUGCAAUUGUUAAAAUUCAGGCCACAUGGAAAUCCUACCAAGCUAAAAAGGCAUACCAAGAUAGACUAGCACAGUUACAUAGCAAUGAAGAUGCUGUUAUUAAGAUUCAAGCAACUGCAAGAAUGUUUUUAGCAAAAAAAAAGUAUAAUGAUCGUUUAAAAUACUUUAAAGAUCAUAUAAAAGAAGUGGUACAAAUUCAAUCUUUUCUCCGUGCUAAUUUAGCACACCAUGAUUACAAAAUGUUAAGUAAGCCGCAACCACCUGUAAAAAGUGUGCGCAAGUUUUUACAUUUACUUGAGCAUGACCAUAUUGAUUUCCAAGAAGAACUUGAACUACAGAAACUUAAGGCCCAAGUUGUUACUGAAAUACGCUCACUUUCUCAGCUUGAAAAUGAUUUAAACACAAUGGACAUAAAAAUUGGACUUUUAGUACGUAAUCGAAUUACUUUACAAGAUGUAGUGAUGCACAAUAAAAAACUUAAAAAAGAUCGCUCUGAUGCUUUAACAGCAUCCCAAGCUACUCAAGGUAUAAAGGGAUUAAGUCGAGAGAAAAGAGAACAGUUAGAAGCUUAUCAGCAUUUAUUUUAUCUUCUGCAGACAAAUCCUAAUUAUCUUGCACGACUUAUUUUUAAAAUGCCACAAAUCAAAACAACAAAAUUUAUGGAGUCUGUGAUUUUAACUCUAUAUAACUACGCAGCUAAUGCAAGAGAGGAGUAUCUUCUAUUAAAGAUGUUUGAAACUGCACUUCGUGAAGAAAUAGGAGAUAAGAUUGAUCAAAUAGUUGAAAUUGUUACAGGCAACCCUACUGUAAUUAAAAUGAUAGUUCAUUUUAAUAGAGGUUCAAAAGGGCAAACAUCGCUACGAGAUAUUUUAAGCCCUCUUGUGAAAGAAGUUAUUACAGACAAAAAUCUAGUUAUUAACACUAACCCAACAGAAGUGUACAAGCAAUGGAUAAAUCAGAUGGAGAGUGAAACUGGUAAACCAAGUGAACUUCCUUAUGAUGUUGAUAAUGAGUUUGCUAUGAAACAACCAGAAGUAGCGCGACGCAUUGAGGCUUCAGUUAAAGCCCUUGAAGUUGCUUCUGACAAAUUUUUGAAUCACUUUAUCAAAUCUAUUGACAAAAUUCCUUAUGGUAUGCGAUAUAUUGCAAUGACACUCAAGGAAUCUCUAAGAGAAAAAUUCCCUAAUGCAAAAGAUGAUGAAAUUUUGAAGGUUGUUGGUAAUCUUAUAUACUAUCGAUAUAUGAAUCCUGCUAUUGUUGCUCCAGAUGCUUUUGAUAUUGUUGAUUUAGCUAUUGAUAAAGGUCUCUCUCAAGAUCAGAGACGUAAUCUUGGAUUGAUAGCUAAAGUUUUGCAGUAUGCAGCCUCAAAUAAAAUGUUUGAUCUUGAGAAUGCUCACAUGAGUUCACUGAACCCUUACAUAUCACAAUCAUUUGCUAGACUGAAAAAAUUUUUUACUGAUGCUUCUACUGUUGAAGAUGCUGAAUCACAUUUUAAUAUUGACCAAUAUUCUGAUGUUACUAUGGUCACAAAGCCAGUUGUUUACAUGACUGUCCAGGAAAUCAUUGAUACACAUCAACUUUUAAGUGAACAUGUACAUGAAAUUACAAGUGAUGAACAUGAUCCUCUUAAAGAACUAUUGGAUGACCUUGGAGAUGUACCUACAGUUGAAGAAGUUGUUGGUAUACCUAAGUCUGAUGUUAAAGAAGAACAAGAACAACAAAUUGCUAAAAUGGCUCAAACUGAAAUUUCACUAACAUUAACAAAUAAGUUUGAAGUUCCAGAUGAUGAUGAUUCAGAUAUGAAAGCUUUGUUUGUUAGAACAAAAAAACUUAUAGUUGACAUUAUGCGCGUGCAACAAGGAGAACAUUUGAUUCAAAUAUUAGAAACGCCCGCUACAAAACAGCAGGAGAGUGAACACGCGCGUAUAGUUAAACAAAGACAUGAACAUGAAGGAAAACAAAAGUCUAGUGGAGUAAAAAGAUCAGCAUCUUCACUUGGUGAUAGCAAGAUGUCCUUAAAAGAAAUUAAAAAGAAGAUUUAUCAUAAUUUAAAAACUCUUGAGCAGCAAGGGCUUGUUUCUUCUAAGAAUCGUUACCAAGAUAUUGUAAAUGCCAUUGCAAAGGACAUUCGAAAUCAACGCAAGUAUCGUCAAAGAAGAAAACAAGAGUUGCAGAAAUUGAAACAAACAUUAGAUAAUUUAAAUAGAAAGGCUAAAUUUUAUGAAGAACAAGUCAAUUACUACAAUCAAUACACUAAAGUUUGUCUUGAUAACCUUACUAAGAAAAAAGUAGGCAAAGUAAAGAAAGGUAAGAAAUCAGAUAACAUUGUUGUUGGAACAAUAAAAUAUAGCGCACAAAAGUUGUUUGAAAAGAAAGUUGUUUUGGAAAUAGAGGGAUUGCCGCAGCCUCAGUUUAAAAAUGUUAUGUUUGAAAUUACAUCAUCUGAAGAUGUUGGUGUUUUUGAAGUUUCAGCAAAAUUUAUGGGUGUUGCUAUGGAGAAAGUAGAACUAGUUUUUCAGGAUUUACUUCAGCUUCAGUAUGAUGGUGUUGCUGUUAUGAAAAUGUUUGGAAAAGCCAAAAUUAACGUCAAUCUGCUCAUUUUUUUAAUAAAUAAGAAGUUCUAUGGAAAGUAAUUUUUGACGAAUUUUCGGUUCAUAAAGCUUUUUCUAGGCUCCAGUAGUUGCUAAAAUGCUGAUUAUUGUUCGAAAUCAACUAUAAAAACGACAAUUGAGUUUUCAACUAGUUUCCUUUAUUGAGUGAUGUUCGCUUCAAGAAUUCAAUUAAAUGAUAUUCGUAAGAAGUAAACAUGUGAAUAUGAACGUAUUGAGUUUUCUCACCUUUUACUAUGUGUAAUAGUUUAGUUAAGUUCAAAUCUUUAGAUUUCUUUAAUGUCGAGAAUUUAAAUUAUGAAUUUUUUUAUUUAUUAUUUUUGUGAGGCUGUUUUUAGUUUCUUUUUUUUAAAUAUUUUUAGAAUGGUUUACAUUUUAUGAUACACAAUAUACGAGUUCGCAAUAUUAUCUUUUUACAAUCUAAAGUGUAGGCGUUUGUUAAAUACUUCCGUUUCUCUUUUUCUUUUUGUACUUUUUCUUUUUAGCUUUAACUGGGCAUAUGAAAGUCUUUUACUUAUCUAAAGUAUUUGUAUAACAUUCAAAAAUAAAAAGAGAACAAUGCAGUA